AUUGACCUAUUACGUGUGGGACGUCUUUCACUUUCACUGUAAUCUAUGCAGAAGCGGUAGACUCGCUAUCUGUACAAAACGAGAUACGAAACAACCCGGUAUUGCUUAGAGGGAUAUUUGCUUUCCUGCUCAGACUUUCACUACCAUUUGAGUGUACUUCUACAGGAAUUAUUCAACGACAACCGACUCUCAUGGUUAUGAAAAGAGAUUAAACAUUUUCAAGGAGAAAAUAUCAAUACGAUACAUAUUUCUAUUGGAGGAGUGAAGCUAACCAUUAGAGCUCCCUUGAUUACGUGGACAAGGAACGGACGCCUUUAUCAGCAUUCGUCGAUAACCGAAAGUGGUAUUAACGCACCGUCUCUGUUUCUGUAGACUGAAGAAACUACAAACAUCGUCUAAGUGAACGAUUUUACAUAUCCCCACAAAUUUGUGAUUAUUCAACAUUUUCGUCAAAGAAAAUAAAUUGUUGUCCUCGUCAUUUCUUGACAAUAGGAACGUUUCUUUGAUCUUUUAUGUGAAUCAUCUCCACCCUUCAAGGAUAUGAGAAUAAUCUGAAGCUCUUUUUGGCAUUAUGAGUUCUGCAAUAAUUUGAAAGUGAUCUAUUAGUCAAUCUUUUCCAACUGAAAUUGAGUUUUCUACAAAACAACUCUUACACAAGUAUCGCCUCUCAACACCACCAUGUACGUAUGGACUACUCUUGAUGCGCCAUCAGCACUAAUUUUCAUCGUGGGGGCAUUAUCGCUUUUAGUGCCUCAGUCCUGUGGAUAUCCGACAGGGGCCCCUGUGGAUUCGAACCCUGAGAUCUGUAGCACCCUGACACCUGGCCACGGAGCCACCCCACAGACCACACCCUCUCCCUUUACCAUCACAGCAACAGUGGAAUCAUAUGUUCCUGGUGGAAGUGUACCCUUGCAAAUUGAGGCCGCAGAGGGGUCCAGCUACCGUGGUUUAAUACUCCAAGGCCGUGAGAGGGGUACAACCACACCCAUCGGGUCCCUCUUCCUACCCCCGAAUAAUGACAUGCAGGUUGUCUCAUGUGAAGAAAACUUAGAUACGGUCACGCAUACGAAUAACGGUAUCAAGCCGAGCUCGGCCACCGUCGUCUGGGUAGCGCCAUCAUUGGACGUAGGCGAUGUCGAGUUUGUUGCAAGCUUCGUAUCAAGUUCCCAAGUGUAUUGGGUUAACGUCAAAUCAAUGCCUAUCUACGGACCCAAUGGACCAGACCCCACGGAUCCCCCCAUCACCGUUGAUCCUAUACCAGUCAUCACAUGUGAAGAUAGACCAUGCUUGAAUGGCGCAACCUGUUUCUCAUCUAGUAGUGGUGCAGGAUUCGUUUGUUUUUGCGCAGAUGGGUAUACGGGAGAUGUCUGUGGCACUAUGACUGUCACGUGCGCCGAUGACCCUUGUUUGAACGGCGGCACCUGCUUCACGGCCAACAGCGGCAACGGUUUUGUCUGUGCAUGCGCAGAUGGAUGGACUGGCGAUACUUGUGAAGCAAGUUCUAUUUCUUGCGCGGAUGAACCCUGUCUGAAUGGAGCGACUUGUUUCACUUCUAACACCGGCUCAGGUUUCGUCUGUAUGUGCGCAGAUGGAUGGGAAGGCGACAUAUGCGAUAUCAGUACAGUUAUCACCUGCAACGAUGACCCAUGCAAAAAUGGCGCGACGUGUUUCACAUCCAACAGCGGUACAGGUUUCAUUUGUAACUGUGCGGAUGGUUGGACAGGAGAUACAUGCGAGACUAAUGCUAUCACGUGCUCUGAUGACCCUUGUUUGAACGGCGCCACAUGUGUAAUGCCUAUCAGUGGUACGGGAUUCACCUGUAUGUGUGCAUCCGGAUGGAUAGGCGACAUUUGUCAGGCAAGCGCUAUCACGUGCGACAAUGACCCGUGUAAGAAUGGCGCCACUUGUUUUACGGCCACCAGCGGCACUGGUUUUGUCUGCCUUUGCGCAUCUGGAUGGGAAGGCGACACAUGCGAAACAAGAAGUAAUACUAUCACGUGCGACAACGAACCCUGUCAGAAUGGUGCCACCUGUUUUACAUCUAACGGCGGUACAGGUUUCGUUUGCGUCUGCGCAGAUGGAUGGUCAGGCGAUACAUGCGAAACAAGCACUAUCACGUGCGACAACGAUCCAUGUAAGAAUGGCGCCACCUGUUUUACAUCUAACGGCGGUACAGGUUUCGUUUGCGUCUGCGCAGAUGGAUGGACAGGUGAUACAUGCGAAACAAGUUCCACUACAUGCGCGGAUGACCCAUGUUUGAACGAAGCAACUUGCUUCUCGGCCAUCAACGAUCUAGGUUUCCUCUGUGCAUGCGCUACAGGCUGGACUGGCGACCUUUGCGAAAUAAGCACUAUCACGUGCAAUGAUGACCCAUGUUUGAACGGCGCCACCUGUACAACACCCAUCAGCGGUAACGGUUUUACUUGCACAUGUGCCGCGGGUUGGACAGGGGAUACAUGUGAAAUAAGUACUAUCACGUGCAAUGAUGACCCAUGUUUGAACGGCGCCACCUGUACAACACCCAUCAGCGGUAACGGCUUUACUUGCACAUGUGCCGCGGAUUGGACAGGGGAUACAUGUGAAAUAAGUACUAUCACGUGCGCUGAUGACCCGUGUUUGAAUGGCGCCACUUGUGCAACGCCACUCAGCGGUACAGGCUUCGUCUGUAUGUGCGCAACGGAAUGGACGGGCGACACGUGUCAAACAAGUACUAUCACGUGCGACGAUGAUCCAUGUCAGAAUGGCGCCACUUGUUUCAAUUCCAACAGUGGUGUAGGAUUCAUGUGUGUAUGCGUAGCAGGAUGGGAAGGCGAUAUAUGCGAAACGACCAACUCCUACUGCCUUCAGAACCCGGGAUUAUGUCAAAACAAUGGAGUAUGUAGAGACAAUGACUUCAGUAUGUUUACAUGUGCGUGUGGGGGCACUGGCUUUACGGGACCGCAAUGUCUUAUCAAAAUUACCACGUGUGACGAUAAUCCGUGUCAGAACGGCGCCACAUGUACACCGCCCAUCAACAGGGAAGGUUACCUUUGCACAUGCGCAGUGGGAUGGUUAGGUCACACCUGUGACAUAAGGAAUUGGUGCGACCCCGAGCCCUGUCAGAAUGGAGGUACAUGUAGCUUCAAUAAUGCAGGAACAAGCUUUGUAUGUGAUUGCGGUGAUGAGUAUCUAGAUGACGUCUGCACUAUCAUAGGUACGUACCUAGACCUGUCCCCUUCCUUCUCUCAUUGCUUUAUGAGGUCUUUCCAACUUAAUAAGCCCAGUAUUUAUGUCUUCAAUCUGUUUUCUUAG